CCCUGUAAAACUACAUCUAGAUAAAUACACACACACACAAUGGAGCAGCCUUCCUACCCUUUCCUUUACCUUUAGCGACAUGUCAACUCACGGGAUUCUGACAGGUGAGUACCCAGGGGAGGAGCUGUACCAUUACGCCGCAGCCACUUACCAGAUGGAAGGAGGCAGCCCCCCGCCGCCCCCAGCCCCGCCCUCGCCGCCCAUCCACGCCCACCACCGCCCGCCAGCUCAACAGACACGCCCGCACAAAGCUUUCACCGCCCUCGUGUACCAGCCGCCCUCUCUGCAUGAUGUGGACUCGCCUAACCUGAGUGAAGGGGAAGCUCAGAGUGGCCGGCCAGGGCUGCCACACCCCCAGGGGCAAGGUUGGUGGACUCCCAGAGUGAAGGGUAUGGCAGCCUGAUGGGUCCCGGUGGCUCCCCCAUUCCCACCCCUGCACCAGGCCUUCCCCACCAGCACCCACGGCGGGCCCCUAGACAGCCCAGGAUUGCCAGGAUUCCCCGCACUGUGCACUUCCCCUGAGGUGCUAACCCCCGCCCCACUGCUGCUGCUCACCAAGGGAUGGGCGGUGUGCAAGUGGUGCCGACUCUCAACAUUUGGGCUGACACGACGGUCCGGCUCCCAUUCCUGUUUGUGUGUGUGGUCUGCUGGCAUUUGUUGACGACCAAGCAAUACUCUUUGAUCUCUUACCCUGAACAGUAUUGCUGGACCCAACUGUUUUUACCUAAGGUGUACACAUGGCUGUUAGAGCACUUCAGUAGUACAGUUUCCAUUGGUAGUCUUACAGGCUGGGCCACCUCUGUAUCAACGACGACUCAUCCUGCAAGUGAUCAAUCAAAAUACUUCUCUGUGUUAUGGAUGGCGGUGGUGAUUCCCCUGUCAUGCCGGGGUUUGUUUUGCCCGGCAGGUGUGGGGCAGUGUGAGGCAGCCAGGCAGUUGUCUGGUGGCUGGUGCUCACCCUGUGUGUCUCACUAUAUUGUGCUCUGAUUGUUGUAACUCACUAUUUCAAUGUUGCUGUGAUCUUCUGUUGGGUGUUCAUGUGUAUCAACUGUGAUCCUUUUAUGGGUGUGCAUGUGUGUGUGUAUGUGUGUGUGUGUGUGAGUGCAUGUGUCAGAAUGUGUGCCUCACCCCAGCAGCUCAGCACAACUCGAGGCACUCCAGACUGUGUGGGGAAGGCCAAGGCACCUCUGAACCCUGCCAGGUAAUCUUGUGCCAAGGAUGCCUGCUGGCCAGGUGUUGGUCUGCCAGGGGCACACACCUGCACCACAGCACAGCGCUACCACCACUACUUCCUGUCUUGUCACCACACUGGGUGACUCGCCACACGGCACACAGCAGACAGGAGUGCUGACCCCUGUGUUAAGACUCCUGUGCUGUGUAUUUGAUGAACACAUUGUCUCCCUGAGAUGAGGACAAAAUUAUCUCAACAUAAAUUAACCAACAACAUCACUAGUCAAGCUGCCAGACACCAGCGGCCAGCCUCGUCACCUCCCCGUGGCUCUUCGCCGUGCACUAAUCAGUUACUCUAAACAUGUGACCUCUGCCAGGCGUGGUGAUUACUACAAUGGUGGAAACAGCAUGUCACAUUUUGUCAUUUGGUCUUUCCAUAAGGUUGUGCCAUAACUUGUGUCCAUCUGUCAUGUAAUAAAAGUUGUCCUGCUCA